CGUUGAAACCAAAUAAAUUACCCCAAUCCCAAAAGGCCCUUUUACCCAUUGUUUACAUUUUCCAUGCACCUAAUAACGUAAGAGAUCAUUCACUAUCCCUCAUUCUCUUCCUCUAAUCCUCUCUCCAAAGUCCAACCCCUUCAACCCACCAUGUCAAUAAAAAUCCGUCAAAUCAAAGCACCAAUUAUCCUCAAUUUGAUCCUUUUGCUUAUUUCUGUUACUCUCCCAAUCAAAGAUGUUGACUCAAGGAAGCUUGACGAGACCACAAAUAAUGGUAAUGAGAAAUGCGCCCCAUGUGGUGGUAACACACCAUCCCCUCCACCAAUAAUAUAUCCAUCACCACCGCCGCCAAUACUAUAUCCAUCACCGCCGCCGCCAAUACUAUAUCCAUCCCCGCCGCCGCCACUAAUAUAUCUUUCACCGCCGCCACCUUCACCCAAUAAACCACCAUCAGUGUAUUAUCCACCGCCACCUUCACCCAAAAAACCGCCAUCAGGGUAUUAUCCACCGCCAUCGCCGUCAUACAACAUAUACAAUACUGGGCCACCGGGUAAUUUGUAUCCUAUUGUUGAGAAUUUCAACAGAGCUCGUCCCAGACACCACUUCAGUUUGCUUCUGUUCUUGCCACUUUUAUUGGCCCUUUUGGUGAUUGGCAUGUGAAGAAAUUUAAGUGAUUCAGAUCAUUCAGACAUAGAAGAAUAUUCAUGGAUUAUGGUUGUAGUUAAGAAUAGCAUGAUCUUGAAUAAGGUAAGGGGCUGGAGAAUUUCAGACUCAAUGAUUAUAUUGUUUUAAUUAAUCUUC